AUGUCCCUCUUGCGGCGCACCGGGGGCGGGGGCGGGGACCGGUCGCUCCAGGGGUGGGGAUGGGCGCCGGGGGCGCGGCGCGGCGCUUCGGGGGCGGGGACGCGCGUCGGGGACGGGCAACGGGGCGCUCCGGGGGCGGGGUCGCGCGCCGGGGGCGAGGCGCGGCUCUUCGGGGGCGGGGAGGGGCGCGCGGGGGCGCUUCGCGCCGGGAACGGGCACCGGGGCGCUCAGGGGCGGCUCGCGCCGGAAGCGGGCACCAGGGCGCCGGGGGCCGGGCCGAGCUCCUCCUCCUCCAGCUUGGCGGCGGCGGCACUCCGGGGGCGCGGCGUGCCGGGGGCCGGGCCGAGGACGAGCCGGGCCCCGGGGAUGCCGUUGUCGGGGCGGGGAGGCGGCGUCAGGGGCCGGUCGGGCGUCGACGUCAGGAGCCCGCGCGGCCUAUGGGGCGGGGAUGUGGACGCGGCCUUCGGGACGGGGACGUGGACGCGGCGUCGUCGGGAGGGCGGGCGCGGCCUUCGGGGCGGGGCGGGAAGGCGGCGUGGGUGCGGCGGCGGGGGCGGGGUGCAGCGGCAGGGACGGCGACACGGUGCGGCGGCGGCGGCAGCGCGGCCGGGGAUGUGGCGCGGGUCCUGCGGCGGGGCGGGGUGCGGUGGCCGUGCGUCUGUUGUGUGUGUGUGA